AUGGGAGAAUACAUUGAUCGUAAAAGUGUUGGGGAAAACUGUUGGCUAUACAAAACGGAUACUUCCUGGUUCGAUUUGCUUCGGUGGCUGAUUACGAGCAAGCAAGAUUCGAAGGGCCAUGGACAGUGUCUUGCGGUUAAAGACUGGGAGCCGGACUUUGAUCCGAUGCGCGAUGAAACUCAAAGGUUGCUCGUCUGGGCGCGUUUCCCGUGUCUCUCAAUUGAGUAUUAUGACUACGAAUUCCUGAUGAGGGUCGGUGAUAUGAUUGGGAAAGCAAUGAAAGUCGACCCUGCAACAAGUAUGGCUUCUAGGAGCCUCUUCGCGAGAGUGUGCGUGGAGGUUGAUAUCACAAAGUCGUUCCUUGCAUGGUUUACGCUUAGAAAUAAAAUGAGAACCAUCGAGUAUGAAGGCCUCCACCUUGUAUGCUUCAAGUGUGGUAUGGUGGGACACUGGAAAGAAGGGUGCAAAUUGGCAGAGAAACAGACAGAAGGCAAGGCACCGGAAGCAUAUGGCGGAGCACUAGAGAACAAUGACAACCCCACGACGAACGCCGCCAACUCCAUGAUGGAAAAGAGGCAAGGUCCUACAUGGAAAGGUGGCGAAGUUAGAGCGGAAAAUCAGGGAACUAGUAUACUGUUGGGAGAUAAAUACGGUAGUUAA